CAAAAUGUCAGCUUCCAUGUCAGCAAGACGCAAAAUUAGUUUUCUGACUAUUUUAGCUCAUGAUAUUGCAAAUUGAAACGCUUCAUUCAUUUCAAAUAUCGUAAAAUAUAUAGGGGUAGUUAACCAGGUGGUUUCAAAAUACAAUUUGCAGUUUAUUAAAAUGGAUGACAUAACAAAAUAUUUCCCAAGAAAAUGACACAGGGAGAAAAGAAACACCUUGGGAUGCCCUCUCAGCAUGUCCUGAGAAAUUUCAGAAAGGAUUCGUCAGAGGGUCUCACUCGGCAAUGGCAAAGACCAGAGUUUGUUUGUGGUUGGGGUGCAGCAUUUGUAAAUAUAAGUGUAACGUUCCCAAUAAACAAAGUCAUGUUUCGGCAGCAGUUGUAUGGAGUGCGAGUAUGGAAGGCAAUUCAGCAGCUUCAGAAAGAGGGACUCACCCAUAUAUACAGGGGCUUAAUGCCUCCCCUAUUGCAAAAGACAACUUCUAUGUCAAUCAUGUUUGGAUUGUACUAUGAGUUUCAACGCCACCUUAACUCUACGUUUCCAUCUGUGUGGUCACCAGUUAAUAAAUCUGUAGCAGCUAUGCUUGCGGGUACUGUUGAAUCUGUCCUCACUCCAUUUGAAAGGGUUCAAGUCUUAUUGCAGGACCGGACUUACCACAGGCAUUAUGGUAACACACUACAUGCCUUCAGUGAAAUCAGGCAAACACAUGGGAUAAAGGAGUUUUAUCGUGGACAGACUGCUAUCUUAUUGCGUAACGGUCCAAGCAAUGUUCUGUUCUUUCUUGGUAGAGAUUAUUUACACAUGGUUUACCCAGCAGAUGAAACAGCAGGCCAGAAAGUUCUCCUGGACUUUGUCAGCGGGGCUUGUCUCGGUGCCUUUUUGAGUAGCCUUUUCUACCCAUUGAACGUAGUGAAAGUUCGGAUGCAAUCCAAAGUGGGUGGGGAAUUUGUUAAAGUAUUGCCAACAUUCAAAAAAAUUCUAAUGGAGAGAAAUUACAGCAUAAAGAAAUUAUACAGGGGUUUACAUAUAAAUUAUACAAGGGCAUUUAUAUCUUGGGGAAUUGUGAAUGCUACCUAUGAGUUCCUUAUGAAACACUUUAAAAACUCUGAUGAAAUGGAUGAAUCUUGACCAGGACCAUGUCUAAGCUGUUAAAAUUAUGAACAGAAGUUUGUUGUAAGACUACAGGUUUUCAGGACAAAGGCUGAAAAUAUUUCCAGUUGCCAAAAUUUUGACAUAGGGUAAAAUUCCAGCUUGCUGAAAAUUCAAGAUUCCAUUUUUCAAAUACUGUAGAAAUCAAUAAUGGUUGUGUCAGUAUUAACCAGUACAUGUAAUAGUAAUUUAAGUUUUUAUGCCCCCGGCAUCUACUGAUGCGGGAGGCAUAUAGUGAUUGUCCUGUCCUGUCCGUCCGUUCGUUCACGAGGUUAACCAAAUGGGACGUUUCCUCUAGCAUCAAUACCCCUUACUAGAAUGACUUGAUACUAAUGCAGAUGUAACCUGUGACCAUUCUUCAUCUUCAGACAUCACCUGACCUCAGUUUGACCUUGAACUUGACCUCGUUUUGGAAUUAGAUUGCUUUGUAUUGACAAGGAUGCCACCGGGGGCAUCAAGCGUUUAUGGAACGCAGCUCCUUGUUAUAUUCCAGUUUUGAAAAACAGGACAUAUAAUAUGAUGAUGUGUACGUCUCUUGGUCUGUCAUAUUCAGUGUCCAAAGCAUAACUCAAAAGCCAUUAAUUGACUUUAAACUUCAUUUAGUAAGUGGUGUUGAGAUGAUAUGCAGAGCAUGUUAAUCGGGUCUGUAGGUCAAAAGUUAAGGCCAUAAAUUGAGCAUAAAGGUCAAAUCUGUCCGUCAUACAUGUAUUUCUUAUCAGAAGAAUAACUUAAAAAGCUAUUGAUUUUAAACUUGGAAUAUAUGCAGUUGGUGGUCAGACAAUUUUGAGGGGUGAAUGCGGAAGAAGUCUUAAGUGCUUAUUUAUCUAUAUACACUUAGAGUUAGAUGUCUUUCCCAUUCGCCCUCGAUUUUCAGAGUACAACAACCAAUAUUACUUUGCUGUCUUACACAAACCCUUUCCCUUUCCGUGAUGCUGUACCUCCAUUGACAUAAAACUUUUGGUGUAUAUUGCCCCGCUUUGCAGAACUCUUGUUUAAAAGUGUUAAACAGAGAGAUGUAACCUUUUCUUGCACAAAAAAAUAACCAUAUAUACUGUAUACUCAAGAGAAUAUAAAAAUCCUUACAAAGCUUCUACAAUCAAUGUUAACAGCCUUUUAAGACACUCUGUGGUUUCCAUGUUAUUUCAGGAUAUAUGAUAUCAGGCCUUUUUUCAUCAAUUUGGAAAUGCUACCAACACAAGUGGAAUUGGGAAGAUGCUCUCGGAAAUUGUCUUAAUGGGGAAAAUUAAAUAUUAAACUUGCAAGUUACUAAAAUCUGUGUAAAGAUAUUUUUGUGUAAAAUAUUAAUGGAUUGCAUUUUGGUGAUUGUUCAACAGUACAACUGUUGUUUUAGUAACAAUUAAGCAAAACUAUUUUGAAACGGCAAAAAUCUUAAAAGGUAAUACUCUGACAUUUGGGAAUUUUAAAUUCAGAAUUGGGGAAAAAAACAUGUUAUUUCACUUUGGGAUUACCUCCUUUUACCGGAAAUAGAUUAAUAGGGGAAAAAAGCCCUGGAUAUUAAAGGUGAUUUUCAAUGGCUGACAAAAGAUAACGGCUUUUAAGUUAGAAAAAUGUGCAGUUUAAAACUGUGAAAUGUUUCUUUUUCAUUGGUAUAAGCUUUGUUCUUCUCCCGAAUAGACCAGUUCAUCUAGACAUGACUUCGUGGAUAACAAACUUUAUGGAUAAUAUGCAUUGGAUCCUGACAUAUAAUUGAUUAUGCUCCAUGGGAUUAAAUUUCAUGCAUUGAUGUUUAUAAGUACGGAAUCCACAAAAAAAUAGUCCCCAGCUAACAUCAUUGAUUAAUCACAGUUUUCUAGGUUUCAGUGUAUCAAAUUCAUUAUCAUAUAGGUUAUCAGUAUUUUAGGUUUCAGAGUAUCAGAUUAUUAUAAAAAAACACACACACAAGUGUCUAUAUGUCAGUCUUAAGCAUUUUUGAUUGUAAUAUUUCAAAUAUGUUUGAUAUAAAAACUAUACAAUAUGUUUUUAAAUCAAUUUAGUUUUCUAUAAAUGGUCAGUUGAUGUGAAAAUGAGAUCUAAAUACUACCUCAUGGACAGGGUAUAGAUAAUUAAUAUCAUCCCCAAAUACUAUGUAAUCAUUAUAAGCCCAAGAGCUAGUAUACAAGUUAUCAUCUGUUUUUAGAACUGCUUAAACAUUGUAUAAUGUUAUGAUAGUGACUGUAAUACAAACAGGUGUCUCUCAUUUUUAUCAUAGAGUACUAGUACACUCAUUUCUUGUGUGCUUACAUGUUGUAUUUUCUUUUUCUUAAUAGGCAUGGUCAAAUAUUAGACCAAACCUAUAAAUGGGUGUGACACUUACAGCAGUAAUGAUACUGAUUUGUUGUAUUAUUCAAGACACACCUCUUUGUGAGAAUUUUCUUGGUGACAAGAACAUUGCUGACCUGAAAUAUUCCCAUCAAAUCGUAGACAUUGUGAAUAAAAAGAAAAAUGAAUGACAUCAGUUCACAGGAUUUUUCGCUUUCACUUAAUCGGCUUUUUGGAAGACACUAAAAAAAAAAAUACCAAAAAAAAACAUAUUCACUUUUUCUCAGAAAACUUUCCAAUAUACAUUUGUUGUCUGAAGAACCCAUUGUGCAGAUACAGGUACCAUUUAUAAAUUGUUAAAACACAUACCCUGUAUGGUUACUGCAACCUGUAAUUUUAGAAACUUCUUGUAUUUGCUUUCUGUAGGUGUUUCUGGCAUCUAAUUCUAUCCUCACUGCUUGUCUGCUGUCCUUAAGGCAUGAUUUCUGAAUCUCUGGUAGAAUAUCUGGGAUGUCACCUAUAAGUUUACUAAUGUCUGCUAGACUGUCUGAUAUCUCUUAAAAUAUUGUAACUUCUUCUUACUG